GCAGGUGGGUGCUGGUUCGACUCGGUAGGGCUCGGUUCUGCCGUUCUCCUGAACCUUUAAAGGAACCUCGUCUCCCCGACGGGGGGAAUAUAUGGUAAUUUGCCGGACGGUCAACAUUUUUGAAAGGUCACCGUAAACCGCGUGGAGAAGAAAGGCUCGUUUGAAACGGCAGCGGUGAGGACUGAAGCUGCUGCUCCCGCCUCCCCUCCCUCUACUGCACUAGUUACAUGUGCUGCAGCGACACCGGGCAGUUCAGGGCUCUAGCCAAAGGCGAACACACCCACCAGCCGAGAGCAGGACCUUGUUGUCCCACCGAUCCUCACAGCUGCUUCUGCUCACCCACAGCAGCAGAUUCACUUCCAGAAAGGUCCUGCGUAUACUUUCGGAUCCUUCAGCAGGCUGCAGGGAGGAGUUCCACUCAGCCACGCUCACCUCAUCUGCACUACUACCUGAGCAACAUCCGCCAUGGAAACGCCGAGCCAAAAGCGUAGCACCCGCAGCGGCGCUGUCUCACCGGCCCGUAUCACCCGGCUGCAGGAGAAGGAGGAUCUGUGCAACCUGAACGACCGUCUGGCCGUCUACAUCGACAAGGUGCGCUCCCUGGAAUCUGAGAAUGCCUCUCUCAGACUACGCAUCUCCGAGUCCGAGUCGGAGGUGACCCGUGACCUGUCUGGCAUCAAGGCGGCCUACGAGACGGAGCUGGCUGAUGCUCGAAAAACCCUGGACCAGGUGGCCAAGGAGCGGGCACGGCUGCAACUAGAGCUGGGCAAGAUCAAAGAGGAGCACAAGGAGCUGAAAGCCAGGAAUGCUAAGAAGGAGUCUGACCUGGAGGCUGCUUUGCUCCGGCUCAGGGACCUCGAGGCCAUGCUCAACUCCAAAGAUGCGGCCUACACCACCGCCCUGGGAGAGAAACGAGCCUUGGAGGCUGAGCUGAAGGACCUGAAGGCCCAGCUGGCCAAGCUGGAUGUCAAUUUGGCCGACGCCAAGAAGCAGCUGCAGGAUGAGAUGCUGAGGAGAGUGGACGCUGAGAAUCGCCUGCAGACCCUGAAGGAGGAGCUGGAGUUCCAGAAGAACAUCUAUGCCGAGGAAAUGCGUGAGUCCAAGCGCCGGUACGAUUCCCGGGUGGUGGAGAUCGACAGCGGGCGGCAGCUGGAAUUUGAGAGCAAACUGGCAGAAGCUCUGACUGAGCUGAGAGCGCAGCACGAGGAGCAGGUCCGCAUGUACAAGGACGAGCUGGAGAAGACCUACAACUCCAAGCUGGAAAACGCUCGUCACUCCGCUGAGAGGAACAGCAACAUGGUUGGAGCGGCUCAUGAGGAGCUGCAGCAGAGCCGCAUCCGCAUGGAGAGCCUGACCAGCCAGCUGUCCCAGAUCCAGAAGCAGCUGUCAGCAAGUGAGUCCAGAGUUCGGGAGCUGGAGGAGUUGCUGAGCCGGGAACGGGACACGAUGAGGCGACGUCUGGAAGACAAGGACCGAGAAAUGGCAGAGAUCCGAGCUCGCAUGCAGCAGCAGCUGGACGAGUACCAGGAGCUGCUGGACAUCAAGCUGGCCCUGGACAUGGAGAUCAAUGCUUACAGAAAGCUGCUGGAGGGGGAGGAGGAGAGACUGCGUCUGUCUCCCAGCCCCCAGCUAAAGGUCACGGUGAGCCGCUCCUCUGGGUCGAGUCGUGUGCACCACCAUCACUCCUCCUCCUCUGCUGCUGCUGGCGGCGGCGGUGCUGCCGGCUUGGUUGCUAGUGCUGCUGCCUUGGUCACUGGUGCUGCCUUGGCCACCAGCAGCCGUAACUCCUCCGGUACGAGCAUCUCCAAAAAACGCCGCCUUAAUGAUGAUGACAACGAGACCUCCAGCAUGGUGGGCGGGACUGUGACAAAGGCCCGCAUCAGCCAGCACGCCUCGGCCAGCGGACGCAUCUCUGUGGAUGAGGUGGACCUGGAGGGGAAGUUCAUCCGUCUGACCAACAAGGCUGAUGAGGACCAGUCUCUGGGCAACUGGCAGGUGAAGAGACAAGUUGGGGGCGGAGCUCCGAUCGUCUACAAGUUUCCUCAAAAGUUCACUCUGAAGGCCGGAGCCUCCGUGACCAUCUGGGCUGCAUCUGGAGGGGGAACCCACAACCCCCCCUCGGACCUGGUGUGGAAGAAUCAGAACUCGUGGGGAACCGGAGACCUCCUGCAGACCAGCCUGAUCAGCGCCAAUGGAGAGGAAAUGGCCACAAGGAAAGUGACGCGCACCCUGUUCCAUGACGACGAGGAUGAAGAUAUGGGAGCUCACAGCACCAGUGGCGCAGACAACGAGUACAACCUGCGUAGCCGCAAGGUGAUCUGUGACUCGUGCGGUCAGUCAUCAGAACGCAGUGGCGGGUUGGCUGAAGGCCUCGGGGGUCACACGUUCUUCAUGGGAACCAACGAGCCCAGACAGGGCCGGGUGAAGCCGGAGAACUGCUCCGUCAUGUAAAACCGGAACGCCGCCUCAGCUGAACGAUGGCCAAGGAAAACCCCUUUUCUACCAUUGGGAUGUUUUGACUUUAUAAACAUUUUUAUAUAUAUAUAUAUAUUUGAUUUUUAUUUUGCAUUCAGAUUAAUCUGCAGGUUAGAUGUGCUUCAGGGUUCCGGUGAAGGGCUCAGGACCCAAGUUCUGGCUUGGUUCAUCUGCAUGUCUGUAAAAGCUGCUUCUGGACGUCUGUCAGCACUCUGAUCCCACCGAGCCUGAGCUUUAGUAAUCAUGUUCACGGUUCAGUUCUGGAGCAGAAAUGUUCUGCCUUCAUAUGCAAAUCCUCCAAAGAGGACCCAUCCACUCAGGGACUAAACGUGUAUGUAGUCUCCCCAGGCAGCUGAUGCACAGGAACUAGCUUCACAGCUGCUUUUUGUUUAUGCAGGAGGAGGAGAUGUAUGCAGAAUUAUGUUUCACAUCCAUUUUAGAAAACCUGAACUGGUUUCCAGUAAGAGUCCACUGCUAGCUUUUAGGAUUGUGUUUCUCCCAGAUAAAAAUCUAAAUGCGCCUUUAGAAGCAGAUCUUUCCUCAGAUCACAUGGGGUCUUGUGACUGUCAGCCCCACCCCCCCAACCAAACACAAGCUUUAUUUUUUCUGUUAAUCGCAGAAGCUUAAGGAUGCUUUGCUUUUAUCUGCUGCAGGUAUAUGUGUGCUGUAGUCUGGUAGCUUUAUUACUCAGUAGGAUGUUUAUCAGUAUGGAAAUACUUGAUGGCUUGUUAUUAAUUUUUUUGCCCUUAUUUUGUGUAAUUUUGUCCCAAAGUGCCUCAGCAUUCUCACCAACAGCCUCUUGCUGGAAUGAGUAAAGAUUAAAUACUAAGUAGAGACAUGACUACGGUUCUGUUUACACGCGUUAGCUGAAACGGGUCAGACCGGGUUUCUGCGCUGACGGACUUUUAAAGAGUCGCUCGUUCAGGCCUCCUGAAUCCUCCCGGUUCCAGGUUUUACGGACCUUUAACCAAAGCUUUAUUUUCCAUGUUUGAUGUUUUUUUUUGUUUCUUUUCUAAAACGAUGCUGAAUAAAAAAUAUUUUUGUCCAGAA